AUGCGGCCUAAACCAGCUGAUAGGAUGUACAUGUAUUGGGAUAGAUAUGAUGAGGGUCUGUUCACUGGAGGAAAGAACUCCGGAAAGUGCAUGCAUGUAGAUCAGUGCCUAUGGUCUAAUAUUGGGAAGAACUAUGCUGGAUGGAAGCUGUUAGCCUUAUGGUCUGUGGCUGAUAGUAAUGAUAUCCUCGAUCAAUUAUCUCGUGAGACAUUCGAAGCACCAUUGACCAACUCCCAAAUAGCUGCCUUACGGCGAGCUUGUAGGAUUGUAUUAGUCAGGCCUGGAGAUGUCUGCCUCUUUUCUGGUGGUAUAGCACAUACUGUUAUCUCGAUUAGUAAGGAGCUAUCCAUGACUGUUUAUGAAUCCUUCGUGAGCAUGAACCCACGUAACAUUGAGCAUUGGCUCGAUAGUGCAAAUCCAGCAGUUCAGCAUCCAGCAUUCACAAUGCCGGACUCCGAUCUGGAUUCUAUUGAGGAUGAUGUCCUUGACCAUCUCGACAGAGUUGACUUUGUGCUAGAUAGAGAAGAUAAGGAGGCUUAUGAGGCUGGUAUGAUAGACGUUAUUACUCUUACCUCAGCAGAUCUCUCAGUUCUCGCAUCAACAACAUCGAGAACAUCACACAAGGAUGUAGAGGAUACUGUGAGGAAUAUCAAUUCCUAUGAGGACUUUGAGGGUCAUCACUAUCAACAUUAUGGCCCCGCCAUGGAUACAGCUCACAAGCAUAUUGCUGCCGCUGUAGAAUGCGUGACGAGGAAACGGAAGUGA